AUGAGCCUGGCCCGUGACGCGGCCACCAGUCAAGUUAACACUGUUCCAAGCGGAUCGAACCAUGGCGACUCGAUUGGCAAGUCCUAUGCGCAGGUCCAAAGAGCUGAGAGCAGUGAAGUCGAUUGCAAGCAGCUGCAGGAGGCCGAGCUAGGACAAGAAGUCCGAGGGGUAACACAGGCGGAGAAAACGCUGCGGUAA